UGGCUGAAGUUACUUGCUCAUUUGUAUUCACCAACGCUCAACGAUUGUUUAUACGACUCUUUCCUGUAUUUCUCCACUGUGACGUUUGCUAUCUUUUCGUAGGUUUGUGGUUCACAUACCGGUACGACUUUUGUAUAUUUGUUAAAACGUUUGUGGCGACUGUAUUUCUUCUGGGUUUCAUUUCGGUUCCCAUAGAAACCAGUUCGUGCGACCUAAACAGUGCUAUGAAAAAAAGAGGCUUGUCUUCUUUCUGUGUAUUAUUGUUUAAUGAAAGACUGUAAAUGUUAGGCUAUAUUGACUGCAUUAUGGAAAGAAACGCGGGAUGAAGGCUAUUAUAUUUUUGAUGACAGAAAAGUAUUGUAUUCAUUCAUUUAUUUAUGUAUUUAUUUAUUUUUUUACUUAAAAUACAAUGCAUUUCAGAGUACAAAUUCAUCAAAACCACUUUGAGCAGCUGCAAGGUAUUUUUUUGAUGCAGGUCAGCUCAUUUUGACUGUGGUUUUGCUUUUUGUGUCGCAUUGGUAUGCAAAUAUACACAUUUUAAAUGCUGAUGCAGUAUAUUAUUUGUUUCUUGUUCGAUUGUGUUGGACCGAAUGCUACAGCAUAAGCUAAUUGUAAGAUUUAGUCAGUUGUCGUUUUUAUUAAAAUUGCUGCUAUUUUGGUUUGGACUGCCUGCAAAAUGUCUGUAGAAAGCAGAGGUUGCGAAUCAGAAUACGACCCUAAACACGGUUCGAGUGCAUUACGAAAAAGAGUGACUGAAAGAGAACCCCACAAAGGGAAUGUGAAAGUUGCCGAAAACACUGAAACCCGGGGAGCAAACAAUAAACACCAAAACCACUCCUUGAAUCCCAGGUUAAAGUUGCAAGACAUUGGAGGCACUGAACAUGUGCUUGGCCUUAAGAAAUGCAAUCCCCCCGCUAGUACUACUAGCGCCCACCAAGAAUGGACUGUUUACUCACUUAUACUCGUGUCCUUGUUGUCCCUUUGUACAAGGUUUUAUAAAAUCCUAGAACCGCCUCAUAUUUGCUGGGAUGAAACACACUUUGGUAAAAUGGGAAGCUAUUACAUCAACCAGACCUUUUUCUUUGAUGUUCACCCACCACUUGGAAAGAUGCUGAUUGGUUUGGCUGGAUACCUGACUGGCUAUGAUGGCUCCUUCCCAUUUGCCAAACCUGGAGACAAAUUUGAAGAGCACAACUAUGCUGGAAUGAGAGCGUUUUGUGCCCUCCUUGGUUCAUGUCUGCCCCCAUUCGCUUACCUCACUGUGCUGGAGUUAUCCAAGUCGCUCCCUGCUGCCCUGAUUACUGCAUCCCUUCUGAUUUUCGAUACUGGCUGCAUCACAAUCUCACAGUAUAUCUUGUUGGACCCCAUCUUGAUGUUUUUUAUAUUGGGGUCCGUGUUGAGCAUGGUAAAGUUCAGCUCUCAUCGAGAAAGGGCUUUCUCAGGAUCUUGGUGGCUGUGGCUGCUCCUCACAGGGGUGAAUCUGGCUGGGGCUCUGGGAGUGAAGUUUGUGGGGCUCUUUGUGAUCCUGCUGGUGGGAAUGAAUACAGUUUGGGAUCUCUGGAAUUUGCUGGGAGAUAUAAACCUCUCGCUGGUUCUGUUUGGAAAGCACUUGCUGGCUCGAGUGUUUUGCCUGAUCCUGCUGCCCGCCUCCUUGUACAUAUCAUUCUUUGCGAUCCAUUUUCUAGUUUUAAACAAAAGCGGUCCCGGUGACGGCUUCUUCAGCUCUGCAUUCCAGUCUCGACUGAUUGGGAACAACUUGCACAAUGCCUCCAUGCCAGAGUACCUGGCAUAUGGAUCGACUAUCACAAUGAAAAACGUGCGGAUUGCUGGCGGGUACCUCCAUUCCCACUGGCAUCUGUACCCGGAGGGGGUCGGCGCUCGGCAACAACAGAUCACUUCCUAUUCACAUAAGGACUUCAAUAAUUUGUGGUUUGUAAGGAAUCAGGACUUUAAAACAGAAAACCCUACCGACCCAGUGGAAUUUGUCAAACACGGGGACAUCAUCAGACUUGAGCACAAAGAAACAUCACGUAACCUGCACAGCCACCUGCAUGAAGCCCCAUUAACAAAGAAACACUUUCAGGUUACAGGAUAUGGAAUUAACGGCACAGGAGACCCGAAUGAUUUCUGGCAGAUCGAGGUGUGUGGUGGGAAGUCCGGAGAUCUGGUCAAAGUGCUGAGGAGUAAAGUCCGUCUCAUUCACUUGUCCACCGGCUGUGUCCUCUACUCCUCUGGAAAAACUCUGCCAAAGUGGGGCUGGGAACAGGUGGAAGUCUCUUGCAGUCCCUACCUGAAGGACACACCCAACUCCCAGUGGAACUUUGAGGAUCACGUCAAUGCUAAAUUGCCGAAUAUUAGCCUUGAGGUGCUCAAGCCCUCAUUCCCAGAGAUCCUCCUCGAGUCCCACAUUGUAAUGAUCAGGGGUAACAGCGGUCUGAAACCUAAAGAUAAUGAAGUCAGUUCUAAACCCUGGCACUGGCCAAUAAACUACCAGGGCCUGCGGUUCUCGGGUGUGAAUGAGACAGAAUAUCGAAUUUAUCUCCUGGGAAACCCUGUGAUCUGGUGGUUAAAUCUGUUCAGCAUUGCCCUCUAUGUGGUUAUGGUUACCAUAGCAGCAACGUCUAUACAGAGAGGGAUUCAACUGAGCCAGAAAGCCAGAGAGCGAUGCAGGGUGCUGAUGGAAGGAGGAAGGGAGAUGAUGCUGGGGUGGCUACUUCAUUACCUUCCCUUUUUCACUAUGGGCCGCAUCCUGUACUAUCAUCAUUACUUUCCUGCUUUGCUUUUCAGCAGUAUGCUAACAGGGAUAACUUGGGACACCAUGCUGCAGAGUUGGGACUUGUUUGUUAGUCCUCCUGUCACGCAAAGAAUAUACAGUGGAGGAGUGGCUGUGCUGAUCAUACUGUUCUUGUACAGCUUCUACUUGUUCCAUCCUCUCUCCUAUGGCAUGGUCGGACCACCUGCUCACGACCCCAGCAGUCCCAUGGCAGGACUCAAGUGGAUGGAAUCGUGGGAGUUCUAAGAUAGAAGUCCAUGGACCAGAUCCAAGGUCUUUCACUCUUAAAUGCACUUUUUAUUUUUUGGUUAUUCUGAAUUAAAAUGUUUUGUCACUGUUACAAAACUGGAAACUAGAGGCUGGCUUUAUUUAGCCCUGGAUCACUAGAUUACAUUACAGGGACUGAACUAUUAUAGUUAUGAGUGCCUAACCACUACAUUUUGAUUUGCAUUUCUUCCAUGUUAAAUUUAGCUUUUUCGUAAAAUGGAUAUGGAUGUGGAUUAACGCUAGAAGUUUUAGCUGUUGAGUGAUGCUUGGAAUUUGGUUCUGGUUAAUGAGGACACAAAUUAGUUUUAUUCAUCUUGUCAGUUGUGGAUGCUUUUCACUUUUUGGACUUUAUCAAAGGGAUCCUUUGACAAUCUCUACAAAAAUGACUAGAAAUGUUAAUUCAGUCAUGUGUUUAGUCAGGAUUCCUUUGAGGUUAAACAUUUCAUUUCUAAUAUGGUCCUGUUUGUACCCAUUUUAAGAUUGUGGGUCUGAGGUCACCUUAUCUCAUAACCUCUUCUGUAGGGGUUACACAGCAUUUCAUCGUACAACACAGGAGUUCUGUGUGACGUUUAAAAUGACCGGUUUAACCCUUUUAGCAAUAACUACUUCAAGUUCUGGAGUUUUGGGAUAAUGUAGGUUUAAUGUUGUUUGUUUGUUUGUUUUCUACUCUAAUGCUCACUGCCUUAGUGUAGUGGUAUUGAAGUAAUGCUUUUUGGUAUUCAUUUUAAUUUGUGUUAGUUGUGUUGCUGUCUGUCUGGUAAUUUAAACAUCUGUUAAAAUAUAUUUUUAUUUUUUACUGUCAGCAGUGCUUUUUUAUACACCAGUAAGUAUCAUGAGGUCACUUGAAUUUCAUUGUUUUCUUUAAAAAUCCUGAUCUGCAGAUACAAACAAAAUGAUAUAUAUUUGGUAUGGUGCAUUUUAACUGUGUGUUAGAAUAAUCUGGUGAAGAUAUGGGACACAUAAUAAAUAAAUCCUCUUUCUGCUUCCGCAGCACAGAAUGACAUUUUGAGUUAGCAGUGUCCUGUGCUAGGAAACUGAAUGUGGUAACAAUGUUAUUUGUAAGUAAACACUACGGAAAAUACUUGAGCGUCUGACGUUUACUGCCAUAUUAGAAAAAUAACUAGGACUAUAUUUCUGAAAAGAAUAAAUUGUGUUCAGAAUGUGUGUUUUGUAAUGAUUUGUUCUUUUUAUAAAUAACACAUUCUGUUGUAGUUUUUUAAAGCUAAAAUAACCCAAAUGCAUUUUAUAAAUAAAUGUCCACUGGUAUUUUAUUGAGCAGUAAAUCUGUAAAAUACACUCAACACUCGGAUUGGCAGAAUUGCUCAACUUUGAGCAAUAUGAUUUUAAGGAACUUUUAUAAUGAGUAAAAAUAAUUCUGUCUUCAUCUUCAAAUGUUUUUUUUUUUUUGGUCAUAAACCUUUUGCUACUGAGAGGCAAAAACAAUAAUAAACAAACAAAACAGGCUGGAAAACUUAAUCUUUAUUUUCUUUACUGAAAGGGACUACGGUUAGAGGUAUAUGAAGGCAUGUUUAAAGCAAUGACAGAUCACAGCUUCCAACAGUGGAAAUAGCCCAAUAUCUAUUCAGACCUAUUUAACAUGAGUUAUUGAGUAGUACACAAUAUAUAUAUACACAGCAAAAAUGAGCAUUUGUUGCUUUCUUUUCUUGUAACAAAGUCUUUAGUCUACUAAACACUGGAAACGAUCACUCUAAAUCUGCAACAGUGUCUGUGUUUGACAGACCUUUCUUGUAGCAGCUAUUGCAUGAGGAGUUUCAUUUACACACAAUGCAGGCUUUGGGCAUUAGGAAAAGAACAUCUUUUACCUGUAACAUAAAUAGAUAACUGGUACUUUCAAAGACUGGCAGAACCUUCUCGAUAGACAUUUUAUAGUGCAGAAUACUCGGCUAAUGAGCUGUUUAAGUCCCCAAAUACAACAAAAAAAAGAGAGAUAAGAUCCUUCAGGUCAUUAGACCAACCAGAAAAACCAGGACAUGGAGGAGGGUCUUCCUUGCAAAAAUGGGCCAUAAUAUUAUUAAUAAUAAUAUUUCUGUCUGAACAAACAAUUGUGUACAUGAGCAUUGUGUUUGUUCACCCAUUCCUUGGGUAGUAGUAAUGACUGCUUGACACUUGCAUGAUGGGUUUAGAAAUAAGGUGCUGCCAUUCUAUAAUAACCAGUACCAAUGUCUGCUCCACAGGGCAGGAUAUAUACACUUUGUAUGGUACAGUGUAAGGCACAUUUCAUUACAGAUCUGUUAAAAGCAACUUUGCACAGAAAUAUUAAGGUAUUGAUAUUAAAAUGUAUUUGGCAAUACAGAUCGCUUAUUUUAACUGAACAAAGUUAAUACACUAUAUACCUAUGUUAAAAUAUAAAAACAAAAUUAAAUACAUAGUACACAAUCUGUACACAGCAUCCAGACCUCUCUCACUUGCCUCUAAUCACACAUAGUUAACGAGGUCACAAGAUUAAUAUCGCUUACUUGCAGAUAUUUUCCGGUAGUCCCUAUAGGAAUGUGCUUACACGGGAUCUGAGUUUGUUACUAAUUGUAAACGUCUUGAGCUCUUGAUUUACUAUCGUCAACACCCACUGCUUUAUUUUUGGAAGAUUACUGCUCCAAAAUAAGAGUACGCCCCGCUAUUAAAAGGUUAACAAGUGUUACAGUGUUAAGCAGAUACAAGUCUAGCAAAACUUAAAUAAAACAUAUGAGGCGUUAACAGACCCAUUUGUACCCUUUGGAUCCAAAUCCAAAACAGAUCAAAGCUUUACUAGAAGGUUGAGUUACAUUUUUUACAUCAUAUAAUUUAGCAAUAUUUCUUUUCUUUUUAAAAACUACCGUAAACUCUAAAAAAAAUAAAUUAUAAAAAAAAAAGAAGAGAAAACAUCCUAACCGCCUAACAAGUACUAUUUUGGA